GCAUACAUACGAACUGUUCAAGCCCAAACAAAACGCUAAAGUACACAUCCCACACACCUUGUGGUCGAGAACCCACUUCUCCCACGCUCCUGUACCCAGCAACCCAAUCCUUCCCGUGCCUGUGCCCGGAGAACUCCCUCUCCCGGGGCAGGAGUUAUUUUCUCGUCUUUGGUUGCGAGCACGAGCACGAGCUCUAUUUCUUCGUUUGCAUGCAAUACUAGAGCAUCGGUAUAUCAAUUAGUUUCUUAAUUAGUAUCGGUGGGUGUGGUUGGAAUUGUUGUGAAUUGAUUAGUCCUUGGGGCUUUGGAAUGCUCGCCGUGUCACCGUUGAGAAGUACUGUUGGUAGAGAUGAGAGGGAGGCGGAGAUGGAGAGUUUUCCGAUGGGGGGAGACGUCUUGCCGGACUUCUCUGGCGGGAGCUUCCUCGACAGUAUUGAUUUCGAUGAUCUCUUCCUCGACAUCAACGACGGAGACGCGCUGCCGGAUUUGGAGAUGGACCCGGAGAUCCUGGCCGAGUUUUCUGCCAGCGGGGGCGAGGACUCGGAGGUGAACAUGUCGGUUGAGAAAGUCGAAGAGAACUCGAGGAAAGAGGAGGAAGACAAAGUCUCGGGCACGGCGUCGAGCUUCAAUCAAGGAGAAGAGAUUGUGAGCACGAGAGACGAAUCCGCCGCCGCAAACCCAUCUCCCAAGGAGGCUGAUAAAGCGAGAAAAUCAUCGGCUCAUUCGAGCAAGAAUCAUCAAGGCAAGAGGAAAGUGAAGGUGGAUUGGACGCCAGAGCUGCACAGGCGAUUUGUGCAAGCAGUGGAGCAGCUGGGUGUGGAAAAGGCAGUGCCUUCAAGGAUUUUAGAGCUUAUGGGAAUUGAUUGUCUCACUCGCCAUAACAUUGCCAGCCAUCUUCAAAAAUACCGGUCGCAUAGGAAGCAUUUACUGGCGAGAGAAGCGGAGGCGGCAAACUGGAACCAGAGACGGCAAAUGUACAGCGGCAGCGGUGGCGCUGGAGGAGGCGGCAAGAAUAUGGGUCCCUGGCAGAUUGCACCCAUCAUGGGCUUCCCUCCGAUGACACCUUUGCAACAUUUUAGACCGUUGCAUGUUUGGGGGCACCCCUCCGUAGAUCAAUCUUUAAUCCACGUCUGGCCUAAACAUAUCCUCCCUUCACAGUCUCCUCCGCCGCCGCCUGCAGCAGCGUGGGCGCCACCCAGCCCGGCUAGACCACUGCCGGAUCCUUCAUUUUGGCACUCACACCAUCGAAGUGUUCCAAAUUCUUUUACGCCGGGAACGCCUUUCUUUCCACCACCAAUGGCGACGACGAGAUUUCCUCCUCCACCGGUCCCUGGUAUUCCUCCCCAUGCCAUGUACAGAGUAGAUCCCGGCAUCGGCUUUCCAACCAGACCCGGCGCCGGUCACCACCCGCCGUUUGAUUUUCAUCCGUCGAACGAGAGCAUUGAUGCAGCCAUCGGAGAUGUUUUAUCGAAGCCAUGGCUGCCGCUGCCUCUUGGCCUAAAACCGCCGUCCACGGACAGCGUCUUGGGGGAGCUGCAACGCCAGGGUAUUCCCAAAAUACCGCCAACUUGUGCUUGAUCACCGAGUUUUCGGGUGCUUUCAAGCCAUCAAGAAAGCGCUAAAUUUGACGACUUUUCCUUGCAUCUAAUUAGAUGUGUGUCCAUCUAAUUAGAUGUCUGCACAUUUGUCUCUUAUCCUGACCUUAAUUUUGAGCCGAGCCUUUUCUUUUGUUAAUUUCUCUUCAUCUUAAUUAGCAUAUUUCUAGCUUUUUCCUUCUUCUAUAUGUGUAGGAGAGAAUAUUGACGUAUAAUCGGACUAAGUUUUGUAAUACGUACGUACGCGUUGUCAAUAUAUGAAACUAUAAUAAUAUAUAUCUUUACCUUUGGCAUGAAUGAAA